ACCCCCCCGCCGCGGCGGGCCGGCCCAUGCGGAGGGGGGCCGGGCGGCGCCGGGCCCUGCCUGGGCUGCGGCGGGGCCCCAUGGGCCUGGGGUGCGCCCCGGGCCGCCGCGGGUAGGGAGGGGUGUCCCGCCGCCAUGUACACCUUCGUGGUGCGGGACGAGGGCAGCAGCGUGUACGCCGAGGUGAGCCGGCUGCUGCUGGCCAGCGGGCAGUGGCGGCGCCUCCGGAGGGACAACCCCCGCUUCAACCUCAUGCUGGGCGAGAGGAACCGGCUCCCCUUCGGCAGGCUGGGCCACGAACCCGGUCUUGUGCAGCUGGUGAAUUACUACAGGGGAGCAGACAAGCUGUGCCGCAAAGCAUCUCUAGUGAAGCUAAUCAAGACAAGCCCUGAACUCUCGGAGUCCUGCACGUGGUUCCCUGAGUCGUAUGUGAUUUACCCAACAAACUUGAAGACCCCUGUGGCUCCAGCCCAGAAUGGAAUUCGCCACCUCAUAAACAACACAAGGACGGACGAGCGGGAAGUCUUCUUGGCAGCUUACAACAGGCGGCGGGAAGGCAAUGAAGGCAAUGUGUGGAUCGCCAAGUCCUCAGCUGGUGCCAAAGGGGAAGGGAUCCUGAUUUCUUCAGAGGCUGCAGAGCUCCUGGACUUCAUCGAUGAGCAGGGACAAGUGCAUGUGAUUCAGAAAUACCUGGAGAAGCCUCUGCUUUUAGAGCCAGGGCACCGCAAGUUUGACAUCAGGAGCUGGGUUCUUGUGGAUCAUCAAUAUAAUAUCUACCUCUACAGAGAGGGUGUCCUGCGGACCUCUUCCGAACCAUAUAACAGUGCUAAUUUCCAGGACAAAACCUGCCAUUUGACCAAUCACUGCAUUCAGAAGGAGUAUUCCAAAAACUACGGGCGGUAUGAGGAAGGGAAUGAAAUGUUCUUUGAGGAGUUCAACCAGUAUCUGAUGGAUGCCCUGAACACAACGCUUGAGAACAGCAUCUUACUGCAAAUCAAACACAUAAUAAGAAGCUGCCUUAUGUGUAUAGAGCCUGCAAUCAGCACAAAGCAUCUUCACUACCAGAGCUUCCAGCUCUUUGGUUUUGACUUCAUGGUGGAUGAGGAGCUGAAGGUCUGGCUGAUAGAAGUCAAUGGGGCCCCAGCAUGUGCUCAGAAGCUGUAUGCAGAGCUCUGCCAAGGAAUUGUGGAUGUAGCCAUCUCUAGCGUGUUCCCCCUCAGCGACACUGGGCAGAAGACAAGCCAGUCAUCGUCAAUCUUUAUCAAGCUGUGACGACAACAGGAAUUGCCUCUGCUGUGCACAGGGAGAGACUGCACCCGUCGGGUCAGCACAGUCCAGUGGCUUAUCUCAGUAUCAUGCCAAAAAGUGAUAAAGACAGGCCUCUUAUUUUCUGGGGAAUCAUGGAGGAAAACAACAAAUCCAGGCAUCCACACAAGAUCUGCAACGAGCCAGAGCUCUGGCCAGAUAACUCUGCCUGCAUUCACCAAAAUCCACUUUAGAAACAGCUCGUGUGACUUUGAUACCUGAAACAAAUCUCUGGGAGAACAACAAAAUAACCUUAAAAUGAAACCCCAACAGGGAUACUAUAAUACUGUAUUAGCUCCUUCUUUUCUAUAGAGAUAACAUUGGGUUUUUUAAAGGAAUUGAGUGAAGAGAACGAUGAUCUCCCAGGAUGUCGUGGCUGGGAAGUUGUCCUCCUCCCGCUGUGUUUCUUCUUUCCUCACCUACUGCAUCAUUAGUGCCUUAGCUCAGCUCCAAAUAGGUGACUCCUUUCCUCUGUUCCUGAUCUAUUUUGUAGAAAGGAGCAAGCUCUUUUGCAUCGCAGGAUGCCUAAAACCAGGAACACCAAGAAGUCAGUUUCCUUAAGUCAUGUUCCAAGCUGGUUGGCUGAACACCCAGGCAACGGCUGGCAAAAGGGUGCUGAACUGCAGGCGGUGAAUUAACCCAAGCAAGGAAGGCAGUUUUGUUUAUUUAUAGCUAUCCCGUUUCCUGAUGAGAUUUGAAUCGGUGUCCGUCCCAGUCUGAUGCAGUUGUAUUGGGUUAAAAGAGGUAGAGACACCCCUUCGGGGCUCACUGUCAGGCUGUAGGAUUUCUAGCAUCACUUUUGUGCUGAGAGUGUUUCAAAUAGCAGGAGCCCAACCUCCUCAGUUUCUUCUGAGACACUGCAGUGGAUUUAGGCUCUUCUCUCAGCUUUCACCUUCAUGUAUUUGAGGCUUGAAUCUGAAACCUUUCAGCCCAAAUGAUUUUUGGGCCAUUUGGUCCAGCCAAUUUUAUUCUCCUUCAUUUAACAAAUACCGUCAUUUUUCUGCCCUGAACUCAGUCCACAGCUCAGUCCCAGCUCUGGAGAAGGUGGGUGAGAUUUUGCAGACCAGGAGAGACAUUCGUUGUGUACAGGUUUGACACACAGCUGGGAAGGCAUGUGUUUUUGGUGGGGAAAGGGGAGGUUAAAUUCCUUGAGGUUUCUUGAGUUUCAGAGCUAACAUCUACUAAAUCCCUAGCUUAUUGUCCACCCUGUGAAGUGCAUUUGCAUUUUCAGUGUAAGCUCAGCGCAUCGCUCCUAAGAGCAGAGCUCAGCGGGUGUUGUUCAGGGCUGUGUUCUGCUGCCUCUGGCAGGAGAGAUGGUUGGCACCCAAAUAAGCUGGUUCCUUUUACCCAAACCAAACAAACAAGAAGAGGUUGCGGAGGUUUACAAGCUUCUGGCUGCCUGUAUGUAAUGGGAAGUGAAUCAAGCAAUGGGAUUUCUGCCUCCCUCAGAAGAUCCUAGUGCUUUGGUGUACUUGUCUCUGCUCCUGGCAGAGAUUUCAGAGGUCUUUGUGCCAGCAGGAUGAUCCUGGCACCUUUUUAAAGGCAGGACUGAAGUGCUCAGGCCUCCUUGGAGUGAUGUAUUCUGAUGGUGCUGUCAUGGGAUGGACAUUCAUUGUGGCAUGCUGUGAAUCUGCAAGUGGCAUCAUUUCACACAAGGUGAAGAGGGACCAUGAAUGCAUCAGUUCAUGAGGUGGGGAGUGCUGGGUUAGAAGCUGGGAGAGGGGUGUGGGGGAAGAACUCGUUUGGGUUUUUAAUCUUAUGGUAACACAUACGUUGUCAAAAUUGCACUGCAGGCCAGGUAAAAGCAUAGUGGUGACACUCCAAGGUAGAACGUAGGCUGUAAUGGUUGUCAACUUGCAAAGUUCACCACAUCUCCAUUGGCAUUUUCACAUUAGCUCAAGUGAGCCUAAAAACCACACCUUUUUGGCCAGCAAAGGGAAGAUCUAAUAGCAUUGCUCUGGUCCAGGAUGUGCCUGGGGUGACAGAGUAGAGGCUGGGCUCUGCCAAGCUCCAGGGCAGACGAGAGCAGAGCGCAAAGUGAGAAGGGAAAAUGUUCCCCAUUGUGAAAUGAGAAAUGCUCAUUUUCUGGGGUGCUCAACCCAUCCUUCUUUUCCUCUCAAAAGGGAAAUUAAAAACUGAAUCACUCCCUUCCUGCACAGUAAUGUGAGAUUCUUGCCCCUUGCCUGGAAGUAAGAGCAAUGAAGCUGCCUAUAUGAAGGCAAAAGCAGCUAGUGCUGCUGGGAGGAGACAAGAGCCUAACUCCAAGGCCUUUUCUUCCCUGUUUUCCACCCCGGACUGCAUUGUGGCACAUCAGCAGCUGGCCAUUUUUUGCUGCUGAGCUGAAAAUGGGGCUUCAACAGGCUGGUAGAGCCAUGAGCACGGGUGAUGCAGUGAUUCAUACCCUGCGCAUACCAAGCUGGGCUUGGGGGAGAUGGCAGGUCAGGGUUGCUUUAAUUGUUAGCUUGUCUGCUGAGUUUUAUGGGAAUAAGCAACAGCCUCUGGAGGCGAACAGCAGGUAUAUGUGUGUUUACCCCCUGCUCCCAAAGUCCUCCCCGGGGUAGAGAACAGGAGGUUGAAUGAUAAAGGACAGAGAGCACAGUGCCUAAGGUCUUGCACAACAUACUAGCUACAAGGUAGAGGAGAUGUGUGUAGUUGAGGCACACAUUGUAGCCAUGGGUGCACCUUGGGAUGCUCAAGUAGCAAGGGGUGCUUGGGAGCGCCAAGGGAUGCUCACAAGCCCUUGUGAAACUUCUGCUUGUUUCUCUUUUUUUAGGAAUACACAACAAUAAAUGUUUCCUAGCUUAUUUCAGCUAAAAGGUCAAUAGGAAAACAUAUUACUCCCUUUCCUGAGCUUUCACAGAGGGUGGUGCUGGGUUUCCAGAAGACACCUACUGUAUUGCAGAAUGUCUCUAGUCUUAGUUGUAUCCCUUCAUGUCAGGCAUGAAGGAUUUCAGGCCCAGGUGCUCUGGCUGUGUUUUCCAGCAGGGUCUGGUCCCGCUGGACUCUGGGUUUCAGGAAACUCCCAUGUGGCUUGUUUCAUACCAGGUUAGUCGUGAUUACCAUGCAACAGCUAUUGUGCUCCUGCUGAAAUCCAGUGGCUGCCCGCAGAAAAUGCCGGAGAAGUCAAAGAAGGGCUCAAAAGCCACUUCAUCCCAGCUUCCCAGACCUGCUGUGACCAUGCAUGUCCCUGCUCCUGGCGUUUCUUGUCCUCCACAUGCAGCUCUUCCCCAGGAGAGCAGUGCUGUGCCGUACGUAGGUUCAUACUCAUGUCUCAUUGCCAGUGUCCACUAUGGCAGCCCUCAGAAAACCCCGGUGCUGAGAGGAUGGUACGUGUGGCGCUGCCACCCAGCUCUGGUUCGUGUCCCCAGCUGCUCCCAUGUCAGCAUGUGCGUGUGGGGCUGGCGGGUGCCUGAGCUGGUGGAUCUCCGGUGACUCUUAUCCACAUCUCUCCUAAACCAUCAUUAAAACAUGCAAACCCC